AUGGGUUCUACUAAAGCUUUUCUCAUUCUAUACUUUCUAUUUUUGCUCCAUCACCAACACCACUUUUUUCAAGCCACCUCACGAUCUGUUACACGUUUAGCCACCGUUGAUCCAAGCCAUGUCAAUCUUCCGGUCCAGUCACUUCAGUCGAAACAUGACGGUGACGGUUUUUCUGGUAAAACAGCGGAAUUAGAUGUCGUUGUUAAGAGGGGUGGAGGUGGACACGGUGGACACGGUGGACAUGGACACGGUGGUGGUGGACACAGUUUUGGUGGAGGUGAACACGGCGGUGGCAGUGGAGAGAGGUCUAUGGGAGGACGAGGAAUGCAUCCAGGUUUUGGAGGAUAUUAG